AUGGGAGUUGGCUACUGGGAUCAGAAACUCCAUAGCCCCAUGUACUUUUUCAUCUGUAUAUUCUCUUUUUUGGAGAUUUGCUAUACAACAGUCACUAUGCCCAGGUUGCUUAGGGAUUUAGUCUCUGAUGACAAAAUUAUUUCUAUACAAUUUUGUGUUGUCCAGUUUUAUUUCCUUUUUGUGUUUGGAUCAACAGAAAAUUUCUUACUUUCCACCAUGGCAUAUGACCGAUAUGUGGCCAUUUGCAAUCCUUUGAGAUACAAUAGUAUUAUGACACAUAGAUCAUGUGUAUUAUUAAUUUUAGGUUCUUGGACAGGGGGUUUCUUGGCCCCAUUGAUGCCAGUCAUAUUCCUUUCAAUGUCUUUUUUUUGCGGUUCUAGUACCAUUGAUCAUUUCUAUUGUGACUUCUCACCACUGCUCCACCACUUUUGUAUAGCUGAUGGUAUCUACAUGAUUGAAACAGUCUUCUUCCUUUUAGCCUGUAUUGUCAUAAUAGGCAAUUUCGUUUUCAUCAGCACUUCUUAUGGACUGGUAAUAUUAAUUAUUUCCAAAAUACCUUCUCCAGGAGGAAGAAGAAAAGCUCUCUCUACAUGUGGAUCCCAUCUCACAGUUGUCUGUUUGUUUUAUGGAUCUAUAAUUUUUAUGUAUGUCAGAUCUGACCACAGCGUACCGACCCAUGUAGACAAGGUGGUGUCGUUGUUCUACAGUGUCAUUACUCCAACUUUGAACCCUCUUAUCUAUGGCCUCAGAAACAAAGAAAUAAAGCAAGCCCUAAGAAGAGCUGUAAAAAUAAUAUUUUUAAGAAAACCCACAUUUCAGGUUUAA